CUCCAAUAAGGCGUGGGGUUGACGAAGUGGAAGGGGAGUCCUCUACCUUUGCGGCCGCCAGCAUCGUUUCCGCUCCUUUGGGCAAUGCAUCUGAAUGCGAUCCGUACGAGGAUGAUCGUCGCACACCGCCGAGAAAAAAUUGGAAUGUCAACACUUGGCUGGACAGGCUCCACUUGUUUCCCAGCGCCCGUCGAGAUGGCGCCCCUGUCGACCUUGAAGGUAGGUGCGAUGAAGCCAAUGAGCAAGUUCCACUUCCAGUAUCGUCGAUUGAAGAAGUUGUGGUCAGCCCGGACGAUAUCAUUAUUGCUGUCAUGGGUCCCACCGGCGCCGGAAAGACCACAUUCAUCGACUGCGCACUUGGAAGACCCGAUGCUGAUUGUGGGGCGACUUCCCAUACAAAAGAAGUGCGCCCUGUCCGAAUUCCCCACUUCGACGGCGUUCGCGACAUUGUUUUGGUUGACACACCAGGAUGCAACAAUUCAUUCAUGACAGAUUUCCAGGUUCUCUGGGAAAUUGCAGAGUGGUUGAAUGCGGUGUAUAGAAAAGGCGUUAAAUUGAGCGGUAUCCUAUAUUUCCAUCGGAUUUCAGACACCAGCAUUCAAGAGGCACCGUCAAGGAACUACAACAUUUUCAAAGAACUAUGUGGCAAAGACAACUGCAAGAAUGUCAUAUUCGUUACCACGAUGUGGGAUCAAGUAUGGGAAGAGUUCGGCUCGGAACGCGAACAGGAUCUACAGUCUGACUUCUGGCAGGCGAUGAUCAGUCUAGGAUCCACCACUCGCCGCUUCGAAAGGACCACCGAAUCUGCUUGGGAUAUAAUUAACUCGGUUGCUAUUUCACCGCUGUCUGAGCGCCGCCCGCUUCAAAUCCAACGGGAAAUGGUAGAUAAACAUCUAUCGCUUGACAGAACAUCUGCAGGAAGAACGAUUUUAGACAGGCUUCUCAGUCUCAGGCCCCGCUCCGAAGGGCUUCUCGCACGGAUUAAAAAGGCUACAGGGAGGCCGAGUUAUCGGACGACGAAGAUCACUGUCACCUUCACCUAUGAUCCCACCGAUGCGGAGUCCGUUGAGACAGGAAUAUACAGUUCUGGAACUUGCAGCGUGGAAGGUUAUCGAAGUGCUUUGCCGCAGAUAACAACUACUUUGCGGACCGCCUUUGACGCACCAGAAGUUGCCCAUAUCGAUUAUCUGAAGGACGCAAUCGCACCAUGUCUUAGCAUUGCUCUGUCUAUUGAGACCAUGACGGGAACGCACCAUGCGCAUUUCCAAGUUUUGGAAACCGCUACGCUGCUGAUAAAUGCUGCCGUUGACCGUGCGAAAGAGGCGACGUUCUCGCCAAAUAUACAGGCAGCGGUCAGCAAGUUUGCGAAGUAUGAUGAUGACGAAUGUCACAUGUAUAAACUUAAUACCUUGCCAGGGAAAUAAACCAGGUGCAGGAAAUCAUCCAGGAUCUCGCCCAAAGGACACCUGAAGCACGACGUGUCCUUCAAUCGACAGAUGUCCGUAUCAUUUCUUUCUGCGCACAUUCGAUACGCCAGGUGCGCGAGGUCCUCACGUCGGCAUCCUCCAUAAAAUAUGACCUCCGUGGUAUCGACAAAGGUUUGGUGGCCCUGAAACGGGCCUUGGAGAUUGACAACUGCAGUUGCGGCAUUCCCGUAGAGCCAGAGCAAGCCCUUUCACCCUAAAUACCAUAUUGUAAGCGGCUGCGUCAACAUCUCACUCUCCAGGCAAGGUUUGGGCAACCGCCAUUGAUCGUAUUAC